CGACAAAUCCCAUCCACAAUGGCCCCCAAGACUGCCCCCAAGGCUAAGGAGAACGUCUCCCUCGGCCCCCUUGCCGGUGACGGCAAGCUCGUUUUCGGUGUUGCCCGCAUCUUCGCCAGCUUCAACGACACCUUCGUUCACGUCACCGAUCUUUCCGGCCGUGAAACCAUCGUCCGUGUCACUGGUGGUAUGAAGGUCAAGGCUGACCGUGACGAGUCCUCCCCCUACGCUGCCAUGCUUGCUGCCCAGGACGUCGCCGCCCGCUGCAAGGAGCUCGGCAUCAACGCUCUGCACAUCAAGAUCCGUGCCACUGGUGGUAACGGCACCAAGACCCCCGGUCCCGGUGCUCAGUCUGCCCUCCGUGCUCUUGCCCGUGCUGGUAUGCGCAUUGGCCGUAUCGAGGAUGUCACCCCCACCCCCUCCGACAGCACUCGUCGCAAGGGUGGUCGCCGUGGUCGCCGUCUUUAG